UCCUCCCCCCUCACCCUCCUCGUUCACCCUUCGCCGCUCUCUCACCCUUCGUCGGAACGAGGCGACAACUCGCGGCAGUGCUCUCGCCAUGUUCGCGCCGAGCGAGCAACCCGUCCUGCGACAGUGAGGAUCUCCGCUGGAGUCGCCAGUGGAGUCGCCGAGGAGAGUCGCGCGUCGUCCUCUUCGUCCUUUACGCACAACCCCGCGCACGAGACCGGUCAAGGUAGCGCCGCGGGACUUGCCGCCGUGGCCGCGUUCUCCCCAUGGCGGGCCCGUACUUGUCGCCUCUCGGACCCCAGGCCGAUCUGCUCACCGAGUACAUGUUCGGUCGUCGUCGUCAGGUCAGUAGACGCAAUCGGACCACAUUCACGCCGCAGCAGCUUCAGGAACUGGAGUCCCUCUUUCAGAAGACGCAUUAUCCCGAUGUUUUCCUCAGAGAGGAAGUCGCGCUUCGGAUAUCGCUCUCGGAAGCACGUGUACAGGUAUGGUUUCAAAACAGACGGGCAAAGUGGAGAAAGCAAGCUCGGUUACAAUUGCUGCAGGACGCGUGGAGAAUGCGAUGCUUGGGUUUAGGGAGCGCCACUCCGCUGCUGCUCGGCCGACCGCCCCCCGUGAGUCCUGGCGGCCUCGAGAGGACCGCCGACGCCGCCUCGACCUCACCGUCGUCCUCGUCGGGAGCGAACCUCGCGAGCUCGCCGACAGCGAACGACAAACUAGCCGAGGCCGGCGGUCCUGUGCCGCCCGCGGUCUGCAGGGACUUCAGGAUCUUGCCGCCGCCACCGGGAUACUCGGUAUCUUGCGACAAAUCACCCGACAGGAUGAAAUGUCGAUGCGCCACGCCGCCGCGGAUCUGCGCGAGUCCUGUGGAUCGGAGUGACAUCCUGGCGACGAGGGAGCGGCCGCAAGAGGCUGAAAUGGACCUCACCCUGAAGGGACACCAUCACGCGACCACCAGGCAUCCGCCGGUCACGACGCUCUUUCAUCAUCUGUCGAGUAAUCCUCAGCAACAACAGGAUGUCACAGCGAGCAUGGACGAGCCGCUGGACGUCACUCUGAACAGCGGCAAGAACAACUGAGCCACCAGCUGUGAGGUGAAUUCACUCUGAACGAUGGAGACGGUGCACGACGUCGGUCGGUCUUUUUUUACCUUGAGAUGCGUUUCCUUCGAGUUAUCUUCUUCAUCCGAUUUAAAGCCAAAAUUUCGAAUCGUCCUUACGGACGAAUUUCCGUAUGGAUCAAAAAUGAAUUCUUUUUAUAGGUUUAUAGGAACUUGAUUUUAUAUAGAAAUUUAUGCAUCUAAGGUUUUACAAUCGCCGAGAAUUCUAAUUACGGCCACGUCGUCGGACAUUACAACGUGGAUAUCGCGAUACUUUAUAUAGUUAUAUAUUUUAUCUCGUUACACUUAUUGUAUAUUGAGCGAGAAUGCAAUUUAGCGGUGCAUUUAAGGUAUCGGGAAUAUCUAACGGGUACCGUCUUCUCACGCACGAUUGUAACAUCGGGUGGUGUGUGCGCGCGUGUAUGUGUGUGUGUGUGUGUGUGCGUGUGUAUGUGUGUGUGUGUAUGUGUUUAGUGAUUCCGCGUUGCAGAUUGUAAUGAUUCAGAAUGAAGUAUUUUUAAAGCAAUAUUUUAUAACGACAGACACACACGUACACAAACACAUUGAUUAGACACUAAAUAUCUUCCACAAUAAGCGAUCUGAAAGUACUCAUAAUUUACAUACAGAAUAGAUAUAUCGACGAGUGAUCGGUCAUCAUCAAACAAUUAUUAUGAGAAACAAUUUAUUAUUACUGAAUCUGAAUUAUUUGUUAUCCGUAACUUAUGAUUAUUCGCAGCAAUUUUAAUAUUCUCUUUCUAUAAAUGCUUUCGAAUCAUACACUCUCACACGCAAAAUUAGCAAAUUUACUUUUACAGAUUUAAAUUUCAAGCGUAAUCAAUAUCUUUAUUCGGUGAGAAUAUCAAAGUCCGACGGUACUUUUUAGCCGGUCAUUUCUUGAUGCAUCUGUCGUACGAAAAUCUCUCAUCCCACGUUUGGAGAAUAAAAUUAAGGGAGAGAUCUUCUCGCGAAAGAUAUUUAUAUCCUCUAUACGUGAGUUGCGAAAACACCUGCGUGCGUUUGUUAAACGACGACCUUAAUGUAAAAGAAAGCAACAAAUGUUAAUCUUCGUUUGAUUAUUAAGUUAACUGUUAAGUUUAAUUUUAUUUUGAAUUCUCAUAUUAAAAUAUACCGUUUUGCAAGUAACGUGUACCCUUAUUAUUAAAUAAUGAGAAGUACACAGCUCUUUCAGCUCUUCAGGCAAAGAAUGUAAUGUUACGAAAUACGUAGUUACAAAACAUUGUUCAGUUCUAUUCGUCAAGUACAUAUAUCAUCUUCGUAGAGAAAUUACCAUUUAUUAUUAACACUCUGUAGAGAAAAUUGAAUAAUAUUUCGUAUAUAAUAAGAGGAAAGAACUGAAAGAGGAUUCAGUGACAAAAGUGCAAAUGAUUUUUGUUGUGCAGUGAAGUCGUGUCAUAGUGAGAAUUUUCAGAACUGAGAUCAUAACAUUGGUUAAGAUCGAACUUCGCCAACUUGUGAGUCGUCCUUAUUUAUUCUCUCGGUGUAUGAUUUUCAUGUGUAAAAAUUUUUGGAGAAGGUAGACGAGCGUUACGAGAGAGAGAACGCGUUUCUGUACAAUAAAUAAUGUAGCAGUUUCGAUUGACACGUUUCGCGACGAUCGACGACGAUUAAUCGAGGAAAUAACCUUCGUUACGUGUCAAGACGUUUGGAUUUUUGAAAAAUCUACGAUGUAAGAUAUCCGCUACGCUAAUUUGUACGUAUGACUAUAAAUAUUAUUUAAAAUGCAUUUGUGCAUCUACCAUUUCGCACCUGCGUAUGCGACAUGACGACUGAGAAUAAAGAGUACUCUAAAAAAAGAGACUCUUUCAUCAGUUGUUAUGCUAGAGUUUUUGAUAAGAAACCUCGAAGUGUUAAUGCUCUGUAAAU